UUUAAAUGGCUCCACCGUGCAGAAGAGUACAGUCGCUCGAGCUGUCAUCUAAAUACUCUAUUCUCAUCCUAUUCCUGUUCUUUUAAAAGCGCUCUGCUUCUCUAUAUUUAUUAUACUGCACCCGGAUACUCGAUUUACUCGGAUAUCCAUAAUCUGCGCACGAAAAUGAGCGAGGAGGAAGACACUUUGGGGAAAACUAAACAUGCAUUUGAAGAACUGUGUCGAGCUCUGAAUAUGGAUGAGGAGUCGAGUAACAGAGCCUGGAGGAGUUAUGAAAAUAUCAGCAAGAAUUACACUCUGGAGGGCAGUGAGCUGCACUGGUUGGCGUGUUCUCUGUAUGUUGCGUGUCGCUCAUCAGUGCCCACUAUCAGUAAAGGCACAGCGGAGGGAAACUAUGUGUCUCUGACCAGGAUCCUGCGCUCAUCACAGCAGAGCCUGAUUGAGUUCUUCAGUAAGAUGAAGAAGUGGCAGGACAUGGCGAAUCUGCCCAGAGACUUCCAGCAGAGCACAGAGAAACUGGAGAGGAACUUCACCGUCACCUCCGUCAUCUUCAAGAAAUACCUGCCCUUAUUCAGAGACAUCUUCAAGACGCCCACAGACGAGCUACCCAGAACACACCGGGGCAGAAAACAGAGACGUCAUCCCUGCACCGUCACUGAGGUCUUCAACUUCUGCUGGAUCCUCUUCAUACACGCUAAAGGAAACUUCCCAAUGAUCAGCGAUGAUCUGGUGAACUCGUAUCAUCUGCUCCUCUGCGCUCUGGAUCUGGUUUAUUGUAAUGCGCUGCUGUGCUCGAGCCGGAAAGAUCUGCUCAACCCAGCCUUUAAAGGGUUGCCUGAGGACUUUAACAGUAAAGAUUAUAAGCCGGGCCCGGGUUCAUUAUGUUUCAUUGAGCAGCUUUGUGAGCUUCACGAUGGUCUGGUGCUGGAGGCCAAAGGAGCUAAAGAGCAUUUCUGGAAACCCUUCAUUAAGAAACUCUUUGAGCGAAAGAUUUUGAAAGGAAAGGAAGACACGCUGUCAGGAUUUUUGGAGCCAGUGAAUUUCGGUGACAGUCUGGCGUCUCUGAACCGUGUGUAUGAAGAACAUGUCUUAUCAACCGGUUCUCUGGAUGAGCGAAUAUUUCUAGGAGAAGGAGCUAGAGAAGACAUCGGUACACCAGGGCCUUAUGAAGGGAUAGAGAACCAGGAGCGAGCAAACAACCCACUGCAGAACUCAAUGACGGUACGUGUAAACAUGAUCAAAUGAAGACAUAAAAUAGAGUCAUGCUUAUGAGUGAAUGUGUUUGUUUCGCAGGCGUCUGCUCUCAGAGUGUCCACUCCAUUGACAGGCAGGAGGUACGUGCCGGAGAGCGUUGUGGGGACUCCUGUUUCCAGCGCCAUGCAGAGUGUGGGCCGACUGCACACCCUGCUGACGGGAUUCAAAUACAGACCCAGCAUCAAACUCAGAGAUAUAUUCAGAUCUUGCGUAAGAGACCCCACAGAGUCGGUAGCAGCCAGACUGAAGGAGAUGUCCGAGAUUUUCCUACAGAAUUAUGAGGGAACUGAAGACGACAACAAGAGCCUGGCGAGAGAUAUCGCAGUAAAGUAUUUUUGCUUGGCCGAGGCACUUUAUUAUAAAUCCCUGGAGGUGAUCAUCAACCAGGAGAAGAAACGUCUUGGAGACGUGGACCUGUCUGGCGUUCUGGAGCAGGAUGUGUUUCACCGCUCACUGAUCGCCUGCUGUCUGGAGAUUGUCAUCUUCUCCUAUAGACCACCAGGGGAAUUUCCCAGAGUCCUGCAAAUCUUUGACCUCCCCGCUUAUAACUUUUACAAGGUGAUCGAGGUGUUGGUACGAGCUGAGGAGGGUCUUUUCCGGGAGGUGGUCAAACAUCUGAACCAUGUCGAGGAGCAGGUGCUGGAGUCUCUGGCGUGGAAAGGAAACUCCCCGCUGUGGGAGCGCAUCCGAGAGGCCAAAAACUGUGUUCCCGCCUGCCAGGAGGUAAUGCCACCCCAACACCUGGAGGACGGUUCAGGAAGCAACACAAACACACCCAGCAGCAAGGCUGAAUUCAGCAGCAACAUCACAGCAGGGGCAGGAAAAGGAGUUUCUCCGUCGCCUACAUCUCUCCACGACCGCUACAGUUCUCCCCCUACUGGCACAGCAGUUCGUCCUUUUGUGGAUGGAGACACGACCCCAGAACCUGCUCCGCCUGUAAAAGUGGCACCGCCAUCUAUAGUCAGCUCCAUCCCAGCAGGACAGACUGUGGUUACAAUGGCAACAGCUACUGUCACAGCGAACAACGGCCAGACUGUCACCAUACCUGUUCAAGGAAUAGCGAAUGAGAGCGGAGGAAUCACAUUUAUCCCAGUGCAAGUGAGUGUGACGAGUCAGGUUGGAGCGGCUCUGCCAACCCUCAGUGCCCAGACUCUAACGGGCACCUUGACAGCCCAGCAGCUCACGACAACACCCAUAGGCACUGUGCAAAGCAACCCCAGCCCUGCCAAACAGGACAAAAAGACUCCUCAUCAGGCAACGCCCACCAAACGGGCCCAGAAAACAGGCUCUCUCUGCCUGUUCUUCCGCAAGGUGUAUCAUCUAGCUAGUGUGCGUCUUAGAGACUUGUGUGCUAAACUGGACAUCAGUGCUGAUCUGCGCAUGAAGAUCUGGACGUGUUUCGAGUAUUCGCUAGUGCACUGCACCGACCUCAUGAUGGACCGACAUCUCGAUCAGCUCCUCAUGUGCGCCAUCUACGUCAUGACUAAGGUGACGAAAGAGGACAAGUCGUUCCAGAACAUCAUGAAGUGCUACAGAUCUCAGCCUCAGGCCAGCAGCAGUGUGUACAGAAGUGUGCUGAUCUCUGGGAGAAAGAGACGACACUCUGGAAACAAUGAAAACACCCAUAGACAGAGCUCACCCACUGAGGGAGCACAAGAACAAGUAAGCGGUGAGAGCAGUCCCGUGUCCAUGCGCUCCAGCAGUACGCUGCCCAUUCCCCAGCCCAGCAGUGCUCCAUCUACCCCGACCCGGGCCCCGGGAAUGCCCCAGGAGCAGGAGGAGGAGCGGGGCGACCUCAUACGCUUCUACAACCAUGUCUACAUCAAACAGAUCAAACCCUUUGCUCUGCGCUACUCCAGCAACUCGCCCAAAAAUGGGGCUGAAACUCCUCCGCUCUGCCCGUAUCCAUCGCUGCGCAUCGGCUCUCCACGCCGCGUCCUCCUGUCCCACAAUCACUCCAUCUACAUCUCUCCACACAAGACCGGCAGCCCCAUUUCUCCACGAGACAAAAUCUUCUAUUACGUCAGCUCCAGCCCGUCCAACCGGCUCCGAGAGAUCAACACCAUGAUCCGAACCGGCGAGACGCCCACCAAGAAGCGCAGUAUCGCUCUGGAGGAGGAGCAGCAGUCUCCUGCUAAAAGAUUGUGUCAGGAGAACCAGACGGCGCUGCUCAGACGCCUGCAGGACGUGGCUAAUGACCGCAGCUCCUCGCACUGAUCCAUAAUAAACAAGUGUAUGAGGUCAAAAGUGCUGACCACGAUACCAUUUGGCACUGUAACUUUAAAUGCAGAAACAUUUGAAUGCUGAUCAACGGCUUCUUAAACUCCUCUGAUUGGCUAUUGUGUUCAUGCGCUCAACAGAUAUGACUGUGAUUGGCUACAAUGAUCAUCGCUUCACCACUCUUCACAGAGCACUUACAGAGAUACAUAUACUUUCAGUACCAGUUGGUUUUGUGGUCAGUACUUUUGAUAACACAACCUGACAGAGCUGUGGCAAAAAAUUCUGCAUCUCUUCUAGAUUUUCAGAUGGAUCUCAAAUCUCUUUUGAAUCGAUUCUGAGCUUAGUUUUUAACACCAGAUGGUGCUGUAUGCUUUACAAACAGCCAUACCCUGCUUGCAACCAAUUUAUUACCAAUACCAAUUGAACUUAAAAUGAUCAUUAAUAGUUAGGUUUAAGCAAAUUAUAAGUGUUUAUAGUGAGCCGUGUUUACAUGAAUCUAAUGACACAAAAGCUGACUAGCCUAGAGCAGCAUCUGCUGGUAAAAUGUAGCCUAGAGCGACGUCUGCUGGUAAAGUCUAGCCUAGAUCACAAUCUGCUGUUAGAAACUAGCCAAGAGUGCAAUCUGCUGUUUAAAAAGUAGCCUAGAUUGCCGACAGGUGUUAAAAACUAGCCUAAAGCGCCAUCUGCUGUGUAAAAACUAGCCUAGAGCGUCAUCUGCUGUUUAAAAACUAGCCUAGAGCGCCAUCUGCUGUUUAAAACUAGCUUUGAUUGCCGUCUGCUAUUACAAACUAGCCUAGAGCGCCAUCUGCUGUUAAAAACUAGCCUAGAGCGUCAUCUGCUGGUAAAAACUAGACUAGAGCGCCAUCUGCUGUUAAAACUAGCCUAGAGCACCAUCUGCUAUUUAAAAACUAGCCUAUAAUGCCAUCUGCUGUUUAAAACUAGCUUGGAGCGCCAUUUGCUGUUAAAAACUAGCUUUAAUUGCUGACUGCUAAUAAAAACUAGCCUAGAGCGCCAUCUGCUGUUAAAAACUAGCCUAGAGCGUCAUCUGCUGGUAAAAACUAGACUAGAGCGCCAUCUGCUGGUGAAAACUAGUUUAGAGUGCCAUCUGCUUUUUAAAAACUAGCCUAUAACGCCAUCUGCUUUUUAAAACUAGCUUGGAGCGCCAUAUGCUGUUAAAAACUAGCCUAGAGCGCCAUCUGCUGUUACAAACUACGAUCAGAAUAGAUUCGAGAGAUUAUCGAUGCAUUUUGAAAAUCUCUGAAUCGAUUUCUUGAAUGACUUUUCGCCACAGCUCUUUAAACUCAUCCGAAACGCAGAGACUACUUGACGGGAGUCUUUCACCCAAAGCCACCUACAAACAUGGAAUUGUUAUAUUUACAUGAAUAAUUCACACUGGAAAAAAUAACAACAAAAAUUCCAAAAAACUUGGAAAUAGUCUAUAGAGACCCACAUAUUACAAGCAACAGACAGAUAUAGGUAGUAAAUUGGAAAGAACAUUAAUUAAAUUAGUAUAAAGCAAAAAAUUAGAACGUUGUACUGUUUCAUUCACUCAUUUUACGGUAAACUGUAGAGCUUUGUCCUUAUUCAUUCUGUUGUUUUCAUUAAGCUGUAGAAAGUUGUAGUGAUUAAUUUUCUUGUUUUACGUAAAACAAUAGAA